UCCACAUGUUUGGAGCAGACAUGGCUGCACAGCAGGAACAAGUGGUGUCCCUACAGGGGAAGGUUUGUCUGGUGACCGGAGCCAGCUCCGGGAUUGGGGCUGGAACCGCCAUCCUCUUCGCUGGUCUGGGGGCCCGACUGGCCCUAAAUGGAAGAAACCAGGAUAAGCUGCAGGAGACGGCCCAGCGUUGCGAGGAGGCCUCCGGACUGAAGCCCCUCCUGGUCCCAGGAGAUCUGAAUGAUGAGAAGGUCGUCCAGCGGAUUGUAGAGGAGACGGUCAGUCACUUUGGACAGCUGGAUGUGCUGGUGAACAGCGGGGGGAUCCUGGCCAUGGGGUCAGUGGAGAAUACCACGUUGGAGGACUAUGACCGUGUGAUGGACACCAAUGUGCGGUGA